ACACACAGCGAAACACAACCAAAGCUGCGUUUACUACAGAGUGAAAGCUUGAUUGAAAAAUGAUUUUCAGACCAACUGAAGGUGGACUCUGUUGCUGUCUUUGACUUUUAAGUUUUAAUUUAAAUACGUACCUUGGAUUUGAUUUUUUUGCAACAUGCAGACUCAGAUAGUUGGCGUGUGUUUGGCAAUCAUCGGCUUUCUUGGCACCAUCCUAAUCUGCGGACUGCCUAUGUGGAAGGUGACAGCCUUUAUUGGGGCAAACAUCGUCACCUCUCAGGUCUUCUGGGAAGGCUUAUGGAUGAACUGUGUGAUCCAGAGCACGGGUCACAUGCAGUGUAAGGCCUACGACUCUAUUCUGGCUUUACCACAGGAUCUACAGGCUUCCAGGGCUCUGAUCUGCGUCUCCAUUGCUGUCAGCGUGGUGGCUAUUGGGCUCACUGUGGUCGGGGCCCACUGCACCAACUUCUUUCAUCACGACUGGCUGACCAAAGCUAAUGUUGGCCUGGCUGGAGGUCUGGUGUUUAUAUUAGCAGGGCUCCUGUGUGUUAUUCCUGUCAGCUUGUCGGCUCACAACAUCAUUACAGGUUUCUACAAUCCCCUGCCCACCACGGAGCGGAGAGGAGAGCUCGGGGCUUCCAUAUAUGUGGGCUGGGCAUCUGGAGCUCUGCUCAUUAUUGGAGGAGGUGUGUUGUGUAGCACCUACAGAUGCUGCAGAUGAGGAGAAGAGACAGAGGAGGACAGUGCAUGACGUCAAAUGCAUACUGCAGUUGAAAAUGUGCAGUGGUGUGUUAACUGAUGGACUUUCUUUGUUUCAGUCUUUGAUUAAAGCUCCUUUUUCAACAUUAAUUUCAACCUUGCUUAAAUGCACUAUACCAACAUUUUACAGCUAAUCUGUGUAAAAUAUUAAAAUAUGUUGCAUACUGAAGUUUACAGUGAACUGCAGGACCAGGAUAUGAAGUGUUUAGGAUUGUUUUUAAAGUGAAGAAUGAAAAAUGAAGUUGAAAUAGAUGAGCCAGUAGUUGUACAAUGUGAUAUUAUAAGACGCUAACUGAAGAAAAAAUAUGUUAAAUGCAGAGAUGUGAGUUUGUAUGAUGUUUUUUUUUAUAGAGCACAUUAUGAAUUCUGCAAAAACAAUCAGUUUUUAAGACCUUUAAAGACCAAUGAUGAAGUUUAAUCAUAAUCUUGAACAGUAUAUUUUAACAGCCAGUGCAGCGUAUCUUAAUUCUUUGUUUGCAAGAAGACAGUUUUACUUGAUGUCAGUGGUGCCCCCAAGGGGGGACGGGGGGACAUGGCCACACAGGUACAAAUAAUUGGAGGCCGAUAUUAAGAGACUGUGGCACACUAAUUUUUUAAGCUAGCAGGAAGGUGAAGUCUGGCUUUAUUGUAUAUUAUAUUUGCUUGAAUAAUUAUCACUGAAAUCUAUUUUUAUACUUUUUACAUAAAAUGUAUUUCUGUCAUUUUUAUUUUGU